AUGCCAGAGGAUUAUCCUGAGUUGGUGGAGAACUACUGCCGGAACCCAGACUGGAAAGGGGGCACCAUUUGGUGCUACACAAUGGACCCUGACACCCGCUGGGAGUACUGCCGCCACCCUGCAUGCCAUUUCGCCUGCAUGGGAAAUUCUGGAUCUGAGUACCACGGAAACGUCUCUGAGACGAUACGUGGGAAGACUUGUCAGCGAUGGGAUGUCGACGUUCAUAUGCAUAAAUACAAGCCAGAGAAGUAUACUGAGUUAGUGGAGAACUACUGCCGCAAUCCUGGAGGGGAUGAGCCCGGCUUGUGGUGCUACACAACGGACCCUAACACCUACUGGGAGUUCUGCUGCAAUCCGGCAUGCCCUUGA